AAUACAAAAGUUCUACUUACUUUCACCAUAUUUAAGCACAAUAAUAAAGGACCUGAAACCAUUUAUACAGCCACAAACUUGUUUCUUCAUUUAGAAUGAGCAGAGCUUCUGUUUUUUAAAAAAAUCACACGUUCAGAGGCUUUCAAUGCAGAAUUAAAGGUUGUUUCAAACUUUCUGCAGUCGCUAAAAGAGGCAGGAAGAUGCAAUCACGGAUGUGGGUUAGAGCUCGUAGCUGCACUAAACUUCUGCAGUGAAGGCAGAAUUCUUAACGAUGAAUCCAGAAGAGCGAAUUGUGACAUGGCUUAUUUCAUUAGGAGUUUUAAAUUCCCCCAAAAAGAUGAUAGGUGAUCCAGAGCAGUUCCUGAAAGUUUCUCUGAAAGAUGGAGUAGUACUUUGCAAAUUGGUUAAUCGGCUUCUUCCAGGACAUGUGGAAAAGUAUUGUCUGGAGCCCAAAAAUGAAGCAGAUUGCAUCAGUAACAUUCAGGAGUUCUUAAAAGGCUGUGCCGCACUUAAAGUGGAGCUCUUUGAUGCACGCGAUCUGUAUGCCGGAGAAAAUUUCUCCAAGGUGCUGAGUACCUUAGCAGCUGUAAACAAAGCUACUGAAGAUCAGCCAUCAGAAAGGCCAUGUUCACGUUUAUCAUCUCAUAGCUCGGCUUCCAGCAGCUCCCAGACUAAUUUACACGGAACAACAUCUAUAACUUCAAGAGUGUUAAGGAGGCAGUCGAAACCUGUGGAGAUGGUCGAAAAUGGUAGUUAUCAGUUGGUGGUAAAGGCCAGGUUCAAUUUUAAGCAGACCAACGAAGAUGAGCUCUCGGUGAAUAAAGGAGACAUUAUUUAUGUCACCAGAGUUGAAGAAGGGGGCUGGUGGGAAGGUACAUUGAAUGGAAAAACAGGCUGGUUCCCCAGUAACUACGUCAAAGAAAUCAAGUCUGCCGAUAAACCACUCUCUCCCAAAGCAUUAAAAGGACAGGAAAGCCCUCAACUUACAAAGAAUUAUUAUACGGUGGUACUGCAAAGUAUUCUGGAAACAGAACGUGACUAUGCUAAGGAACUACAGGCACUUCUGGGAACUUACUUGAGACCCCUCCAAUCCUAUGACAAGCUAAGCGUGGUGGAUAUUGCAUCUUUACUGGGAAAUUUUGAGGAAAUAUGUUCGUUUCAGCUAACACUGAAUCAAGCCUUGGAAGAAUGUGCAAAGCUUCCCGAGAACCAGCAGAGAGUGGGAGGCUGUUUUAUGAACCUGAUGCCACAGUUCCGAUCUCUGUACCUCACGUAUUGCGCUAACCACCCUUCUGCUGUUAACGUGCUAACCCAACACAGUGAUGAACUGGAGAAGUUUAUGGAGAACCAGGGCGCGUCCAACCCAGGGAUUUUGAUCUUAACAACAAGCCUCAGCAAACCCUUCAUGAGACUGGAUAAGUACGUCACCCUUCUCCAAGAACUGGAGCGGCACAUGGAGGAGGCACAUCCGGAUCAUGAAGAGGUUUUGAAAGCAUUCACAUCUUUCAAGUCCCUUGUGUCACAGUGCCAGGAGCUGAGGAAGAGGAAACAACUUGAAUUGCAGAUCCUUUCAGAGUCCAUUCCAGGAUGGGAAGGGGAGGAUAUCAAAACCAUGGGCAAUGUAAUCUAUAUGUCACAGGUCAUAGUACAGUGUGGGGCAAGUGAGGAGAAAGAAGAGAGGUAUUUCAUGUUGUUUUCCAAUGUUCUGCUAAUGUUGUCUGCAAGCCCUCGGAUGACUGGGUUCAUCUAUCAGGGAAAACUGCCGUUAACAGGAAUGACGCUGACAAAAUUAGAAGGAACAGAAGGGACCGAGCAUGCUUUUGAAAUCACAGGGAACAUGAUAGAACGAAUCACAGUGUCCUGUAACAGCAGCCAGGAUUUGCACCAAUGGCUCGACCAUUUGCAAAGGCUAACCAAAGGGACGUGCAGCACAAUAUCCAAAACACAGUCCUGGAGUGCUCAUUCUGUAUUUUCUCAGACUUUUAGUUCUACUGGACAGCUUCGCGGACCACUGGAACCGCCCAAAAUCCUUAAACCCUGGACCUUAAGUUGUCUCCGACCUGCUCCUCCGCUCAGACCAUCAGCAGCUCUAGGUUACAAAGAGAGGAUGUCUUAUAUCUUAAAGGAUUCUAGCAAGAGUCCAAAGACAAUGAAGAAGUUCCUUCCUAAAAGGAAAACGGAGAGAAAAGCAUCUGAUGAGGAGUUUGUUAUUAGAAAAAGUACUGCUGCACUAGAAGAGGAUGCCCAGAUUCUGAAAGUUAUUGAGGCCUAUUGCACUGGUGCAGGUUUUCAGCAAACUCUCAGUUCAGGUUCUCGCAAAGACUCCAUACCCCAGGUCCUGCUGCCCGAGGAAGAGAAAAUCAUCAUAGAGGAAACAAGAAGCAAUGGUCAGACUGUCACGGAGGAAAAAAGUCUGGUAGACACGGUUUAUGCACUGAAAGAUCAGGUCAAAGAAUUGAAGCAGGAGAGUAAAAAAAUGAAACAAUGUUUGGAAGAAGAGCUGAAGUCAAGAAAAGAUUUAGAGAAGUUAGUCAGAAGGCUAUUGAAGCAAACUGAUGAAUGUGCCAGGGAUGAGACUGGGCGCAAGUCCUCGGUUUUAGCUUGAAUUCUGGACGAAGCUGCUGGCAGUUGCGUGUGACCUCAGGCGUUCUUGGGAAGCAGAACUGGAUGCUUUGCCUCGUCUUGCUCCUUAUUUUAUUUUGUUGUGGGGUUUUUUUGUUUGUUUUUUUCGUUACAAAAAAGAAAGUGGUAAUGAAAAAUAGUUUGUUUCUAUUCCAUAAGGAUAUAAUACAUACCACAAACAAGUAAAUAGUCAACAGCUAAAAUGGUCAGCAAGGGGUCUACGAUUCACAAUUCAUCUGCAGCAACUAAUACCUCAUUGUACCUGCUACUGGAAGCAAAUAAGAAGUCUGCAAAUGACUGCCACUCAGAAGAGGGGUUUGGCAGUGGUUUCCUAUAAAGGAAAUGUAAGCACUUUUUAUGCUUUCCUUUUUAUUCUUUUUAACGUGCCCGGUACUUAAUUUAUUAAAUGGAAAUGUUUAUUGAGCUGGAGUCAGGUAAAAACCAAAAAGCAACUAGCACUUGUUUUCUGAAAAUCAAGGAUGGAAGAUUUCCCCUCCAAAUAUUCCCCCCACCCCCUUUUAGUUGUCUGGAGCAAGCUAGUGCCCUGCAAUAGUGUGGUUCUCAUGUGGCCUUUUAUACAGAUGAAAAUGUGCAAUUAACAUUUUAAGACAUUUUUAAUUUAACUCCUUGGAGCAGUAGGAUCUUCUUCUGUCAUUAGCACAUCGGGAAGUCAUGUUGGAUGAAACUGCCUCUUAGCAGCUAAUGGUUAACACAACAGUUAACUUCUCUUUUGCCCAAAGGCCUGUUUCUAAUGCAUGACCUCUAAUACUUAAGUCCUGUUACACUUUCACUUUCUAAACGUCCAUGUAGUGAAUACGUUUUAUAUUUUCCCAGUGCUUUUACCUUGCCAUCUGUGCUCCCCUCUUAUGGAAUGCACACUUGGCUUGACAAGGGGUUGCUAGGGUUUUUUCCCCCUACUUAAAACAUUUGCAGUUCCUUCACCUUGGUUAUGAAAAAAGACCGUGACCACUAAUUACUCCGUCCACCCCAAAGGGGCUUUAUAAUAGGAAAAAAUGUUCUGUUACAAUAGGAAAAAUAUUUACAUUUAUGCUUUGACAAGAGCUGCAAUGAUCAAUCUCCCUCCUGUAUAAGAAUUUAUACAGUUUUUACAAAUUGCUGGCAGAAAUACCAGCUCAGUCACAGAACACAUAGUGGGUAUAUAUAGACUGUCUGCACAUUGCUUUCCAUCUGGCUCUGGGCUCCCCUUGUUUUGUUAUGGUUGCUUUUUUCCCCUUGCUAGCAAUACAUCAUUCAUUUUAGCAGAAGGUCUGGAGUAUCCUAACGGUUAAGAAUGAAUGUCAAGGGGCAGCGUCCCAAAGAGAUGUAGACACAUAUCAUAGCUCAUUACUCUUUAAGUUCUUCAUGAAGGAAAUAUUACAGGGAAUAAUUAUAACCCUCAUAUUGCAAUUAAAGUUCAACCUGAGUGGUGCAAAUUGCAUUUGGGGAUGAGAAGCAAUUAGGCUGAAAAGCUGGAUUCUAAAAAUGGCGGAGCAUUUUAAAAUGGGUUUUCAUUUUAUUGUGAGUUUGUUUGGGGUGAUUUUGUUUGAUUUAAUUUUUUUUUUUUUUUUUUUUUUUAAAUCUUGGGCCUUGUUUGCUCUGGCCAACAUUCACCAUCCCUGUCCUUACUUCUCGAUGGUAGGUGGUCCCUGAAGCAACCAGCUCUCUGACUCUUCGCACAUCAGCAGUAAGUGUGUGAAGCUGAGCUGUACUAAGACCGCUGGCCCCAUUGCCUGGGAACUGGGCUUUAACAUGCAUUCACUUAUGAAGGACAGAAGUGUGAAAUGUUGGUGUGUGGCUGGGUGUCAUGAAGCUGGUUCUCCGACUUCCCUAGUAACAUCCCUGUGUUGCUCCUGUCAGAGUAACUUCUCCUCUGCUUUUUGGGGAGCCAGGGUAGGAGAGGCAGUAAUCUACCCCAUGCCCAGCAGCAGCCCAGCUGUGUCUGCUGUCUCGCUGGCAUGCACUUAUGCACCCAGGCAACAAUUGGCUCAUGAACUGUAAUCAAUACGUGAACUAAACCAGACUGUGACUUAUAGUCCUGGGCAAAAGGUAUAACUAUAUCCAUCUAGUUAGAGUUUAUUUGCACCUAUGCUGUGUACAUAUGCAUGUUUAUAGGAUUUUUGAUGUGCUGGAGGAUGUGCUAGUACGUUUUUGGAACAGACGCAUGUACUGAGCGUAACAAGCCAAAAAUAAAAUAAAUAAAGGAAAGGAAGCCAUGACAAACUGAUAGCAGUGUUGCCAUAGUUACUUUGUUUACAGUACUUUGUAAAUAGGUUCUGGUUAGUCUGUCUUAAGAUGGAUGCUCUGUGUCAGCUGCCUUCCACUCGAUCUUUCGUCAUGUAGAUUUAUUUACUGUUACUACUUAUGCAAGGUCAAUUUUUCUAAUGUUUUUAUUUUGAACUAUUUUUAAGUGACAUUUUCAACAAAUAAAGAAGGAUAAAAAUGG